UUUUUGAUUUUUUGAGUAGUCCCCGACAAAACCUUCUUUAUAUAUUUCAGUAUUCCGGUGAGAGAAUUUAGCAGCCUCAUCUGUGUAUCUUCUUCCUUCACCGCAAUGGAUUAUUCCUCCAAUCCCCUUUACCUAAACGAAGAUCAUUUGUCAAUUCACGGGAAGCUUUAGAAUAUGAGAUUGAGCGAAGUUAUAAAUUGAACUAUAAUCCGAAGAAAGCACUUCAAUUCGUCAAAAAACUGUAUGAAUUUGUAUCCAACGAAAACGAUUUCUGUGAAAUCGCGAGCACCGGCGGGAUUGUUUUCAAAUCGGAAGAUAAACUGAAAAAAUUCCAAGAAUCGUUCAGGAACAAAAGCAAUGCAUCAUCUCUCGGCGUUGCUUAGAACAUAUAAGGCUUUCAGAGAUAAAUUAUAUCUCUAUAAUUUUCGCAACAAAUUUAAAGAUCCAACUUCCCACUUUACAAAGGUUAAACCCAAAUUGAAGUUGAUAGCUCUUUCAAAGAAAGAUAGAACGGUACACAGUAAAGCAGCUAAAGUUGAUGUUGUUGAUUUAAAACAGCAGAUCCAAGUGAUGGAUGAUAUAUGGAAACAUGUGCAGAGUUUGAAUGCAAGUAUUGCAGAACUUGAGAAGGAACAAGAGUUGCUGAAUAAUGUUCCACAAUCAGAAUGAAUGACGACUUGCUCCGAUACUCAAUUUUAUCAGUAGCUAUCAACACAAUGCCGUAGUUUUAUUCCACUUUUCGGCAAUAGUUUAUACACUUAGGUAUUUUUUCUCGUUGCUCUUGAAUAUUGCUCCUAUGUAAAUACUUUGAGUAGAAAAAUAGAGAUAUGUUUCAUUUGAAAGUUCGUUGCUAUGUCACUUCUUGGUCUAUUGGUUGUUGCUUUUCUUUUGUAUUACUCUUUUAAAUUUCAUGUUACUCCUUUUGUUGAACCUCCUACUCCUAAGUAAUGCUUCUGAGAGAUUCAAGAGGAGAAUCAGAUUCCUCAAAAAAGGUAUGAUCUUCGAGUUUAGUACUUUACAGGUUAUGCGCACGUUAUAUUUGUACUCCAAUUCUUGCAAUAUUAAACCAUUUAUUCAUACUCUAUAAUGUUCAAUCAGUCUGCAAUGCACAUACCUUCAGUAUAAAUUAUGUAUAUUGUUUCAUUUGUGAAUUUCCUAAGAUUCGACACCUCUAGGACAAAAACAAAAGUUAAGAUGCCCAUGUGAGAACUGAAUCUGGACCACCAAAUUCAGUGAAUUUUAUAUAGAAAUAUUCGUCGAGACGUGGGAACAAGAAAUCUGUGGGGUUGAGUUAGUUCUGUCUGAUGUAAAGAACCUCAUUUUCUGUGAAAGGAAAUGGUUAGGUAUUCAAGAUUAGAUCUGAAACCAGGGUUUAUAUUCAAGCCAUACCAUGUAUUAGCGAAGCUUACAGUGGCUAUACUUGCAAUAGGUCUUGCAUUUCAUCUCUUUUACUCUAGUACUAGUACCACUAACAAUGAGAAUGAUACUACACUUGGAGUUGAUUCAACUGUGACCGAUGAAACUGCUUCAGUAAGAGCAAAGGAUGGUGAUGAUGAGUUACCAGCCACUGCAAUUGAUUCUGUGGAGAUCCAAGAAACCCCAAUUCAGAAACAAAUUCUUCAGAAAGAGAAAUGUGAUCUUUCUGUUGGGGAAUGGAUACCGGAUCCGUUGGGACCUAUGUACACUAAUGAGAGCUGUAAUGUCAUUUCUCGUCAUCAGAAUUGUAUGAAGAAUGGGAGACCGGAUUCGGAGUUUCUUUAUUGGAGAUGGAAACCACGGGAUUGUGAGUUACCGAGGUUUAAUGCAGUGAAGUUCCUUGACUCGAUGAGGAAUAAGCAUUGGGCGUUUGUAGGUGAUUCGAUUUCUCGAAACCAUGUCCAGUCAGUGUAUUGCCUUCUCUCUAAGGUGGAAGCAGCAACUGAAGUUUACCAUGGCAAUUACCGUGACGAGGGAUUUGGAGAUAUCAGAUGGCACUUCCCUUCAUACAACUUUACCCUCAGCGUUAUCUGGUCUCCGUUCUUAGUUAAAGCAGUUUACAGUUUUGAAGAUAUGAAUGGUAAAUCAACUGAGUGUAUUCAGUUAUAUCUCGAUGAACUUGACAAGAAAUGGACAGAUCAAUAUACGAGUUUCGAUUACAUGGUCAUAUCUGCUGGAAAAUGGUUUAUGAGAAGCGCAACUUACUAUGAAAAUGGUGAAAUCGUUGGUUGUCAUUACUGUCCAGGGAAAAAUUUGACAGAAUACGGAUUAGAUAAUGGUUAUCGUAAAGCCAUUAAGCUAGUACUAGACUUUGUCACCAGUUCCAAGCACAAUGCCUCGGUUUUUUACAGAAGCGUAAGUUCUGAACAUUUUGUCAAUGGGAAUUGGGACAGUGGAGGGACUUGUGACCGAACAUCGCCAUCUAGAGAAGGUGAGCUUAGUCUGGGAGUUAUUGAUGAUAUGCUUCAUAAUGUUGAGUUGGAAGCAUUUGCGAAGCUGGAAAGCACUGAAUAUUCUGGUAAAAGGGAAGCUCUAAAAGUUUUAAACGUCACUGAACUAUCGUUGCUUAGGCCGGAUGGACAUCCUGGUCGAUACCGGGGUUACCAUCCAUUUGCAAAGGAUACAAAUGCUACAGUUCAAUAUGACUGUAUGCAUUGGUGCUUACCGGGACCUAUUGACUCCUGGAGUGAUUUGGUUAUGGAGAUGGUGAUGAAUGGCUGAGUGGUGUUGGAUGGCGGUGGCUGCUAGUGGUUAGCUAGUAUAUUCCGGUAGAGAGAAAGUUGGCCAUACUUAAAGUUGAGUUCCUUGUAAGAUUUGUAUUUUAAAGAUUUCUAAGAAAAUGAACUUCAACAAUUGC